CUUUAGUUUAUGUACCGUUAUAAAUGAUGAAAAUGACCACCGAUUAAUAUUGUAAAUCAAAUUUUUUUUAAAGUGAAUUACUUAUUCGUGAAUAUCUUUGUCGUGCAUCUUGGCAUAUUUACAUCGGUAAUUAAUUCCACAGUAUAUAAGCGACGUUUUACGUGUUUCACUAACUACUUGCCUCUGAGUUUGCGACCAACGUUUUAUUGGGUAACAAUUAGAAAAAUGGUCUUGCCAAUUAUUUUCACAGUCUUGAUGAAUCUGGCUCCCAUUCAAGGAAGAACGGAGUUGGGACAGAUUCCAAUUUUCCAACCAGAUAAUUACACGCACUUUGAUGUCUAUGCCAGUGCACUUAAUAAAGCCCAUUACAACCCUUGGACCUGCGAUUACAGAAGCGAGCCAGGAUACAGAUGCUUGAGUUGCAAAAGUGCACUCCACUGCUACCCUGGUAACUUCGCGCUACUAGUACAAUGUGCUGGCAUCUUCGCAUAUUGUCGACAUGGCUAUUGUUCAAGGUUUAAGUCAAAUGAAUGUGAGAACGAAUCUGACCACCACUCCAUUACUAGUCAUAGCAGCACAUUGCCACCAUAUGUACAACAAGAGUUUAAUAAAAUAAACUUGACUACCGUAUCGUCUGCUGCAGCGAGUGACAUGGAUUCUAAACCACAAGAAAGUACUUCAAAUGUCAUUUCUACCCAAUUGAAUGACCCGAAUAGAACAGACGGUGGGGCCGUGACGUCAGAGGCACAUACAAACGAUCCAGCGAACUCAAAUGUAACCGAAACAAGCAAAAAUAAGUGAAGACAGUCCGUUAUUAUAAAAUUCUUAGGAUAC